AGCUUUUUAAAUUUUUCUUUUUCCAGCAAUGAUGUUGUCCACUGGACAUGUACUGAUCAAGGAGGCAGGUCUGAGAACAUAGCUGAAGCUGAAAACAGGAAAGCUGGAGGCAAGGAAGAGCCUUGAAUCUUGAGUUGGGACGUUGACUCUAAGAUGUCCUUGAGCAGUGGAGCCUCCGGAGGGAAAGGAGUGGAUGCAAACCCGGUUGAGACAUACGACAGUGGGGAUGAAUGGGACAUUGGAGUAGGGAAUCUCAUCAUUGAUCUGGACGCCGAUCUGGAAAAGGACCAGCAGAAACUGGAAAUGUCAGGCUCGAAGGAGGUGGGGAUACCAGCUCCCAAUGCUGUGGCCACACUACCAGACAACAUCAAGUUUGUGACCCCAGUGCCAGGUCCUCAAGGGAAGGAAGGCAAAUCAAAAUCCAAAAGGAAUAAGAGUGGCAAAGACACUAACAAGCCCACCCCAGGGACUUCCUUGUUCUCUCCAAGUGAGGGAGCAGCAAACAAGAAGGAAGUGCAGGGUCGCUCAGGAGAUGGCACCAAUGCAGGAGGCCUGGUUGCUGCUAUUGGCCCAAAGGGCUCAGAGAAGGCUGCUAAGGCAUCACGCAGUAUAGCUGGCUCCAAAAAGGAAAAGGAGAACAGCUCAUCUAAGAGCAAGAAGGAGAGAAGUGAAGGAGUGGGGACUUGUUCGGAAAAAGAUACUGGGGUCCUCCAGCCAGUUCCCCUGGGAGGACGGGGUGGUCAGUAUGAUGGAAGUGCAGGGAUGGAUACAGGAACCGUGGAGCCACUUGGGAGUAUAGCUAUUGAACCUGGGGCAGCGCUCAAUCCUUUGGGAACUAAGCCGGAGCCAGAGGAAGGGGAGAAUGAGUGUCGGCCACUAAAGAAAGUCAAGGCUGAAAAGGGACAAUCAACAGAACCCAAACAGCAAAUCAUGUGUGAUGUAAUCAAGCUGGGAGCUAUCAUGAAGAGGGGAAACUCAAAAUGUGGAAGAUAUCUUCACCAAGUAUAUCACAUCCUCUGCUGCCUCUUUUUUUUUUUUUUUUCUCUCCAAGAUUUAUUUAUUUUUAUUUUAUGUAUUUGGGUGUUUUGCCUGAAUGUAUGUUUGUGUACAUGUAUUCAGCACCCAGAGACUAGAAGAUGUAGAAUUAUAGAUAAUUGUUAGCCACUCUGUGGGUUCUAGGAACUGAAAUUGGGUCUUCUGCCGCAACAAUAAAUGCUCUUAACCACUGAGUCAUCUCUCCAACCCCAACUGUCCCCUUUUCCAAAUAGGAGAUGAGUCUGUGGUACUAGUUAGAAUUGUCGUCCCAUGCUGAGCAUUAGCUAAUCAGGGGUUGGAUAUUCAAAUUACCUACCCCAGGUAAUGAAAAUUCCUUGUGACUGAAGAAUUUUCUGUUAGCCUAGGAUGUGUACUUCCCCCCCAGGGAAUCCAUGUUUGCUCCACCACACCUUCCUGGCAGAGUUUAAUAGAGAGACUGAGAUGGCUCUUAACAGCCAUUGCUGUCCUGAAUUGUUGAACACUCCUGAAGAGAUGGGGGAGGGAAUAUUGAGGAAUAAACACAUGGAACCUCUGGCUUCUUCCUGCUUCCUUGCUUUUGGCUUGAUUGAUAGGUUGUUAGGUUAAAGAUAGAAGGAGAGGUGAGGAGGAGGAGGCAGGAUGCCUGUCUGAGUGUCCUGAGCUUACUGCUUUUGUUGCCACUCUGACAGGCAAGAAAAAAGGAAUUCACAAACAAGACAGCAGUGACCUAUCAGUGCUGACUGUCAGUGUGUAUGUUCAGGAGUUUCAGAUGAGGCAUUUAUUUACAUUUUUUUUCAAGUCAGCUCUAGUGGUUAGGGUGUAGUUGCAAUCCCAAUCUUCCUUUUCCUUAGCAGUUGCUUUUGAUUUUACACUCUGCUUUGGCAGUGUUUGGGUAUCAGCUUCUGCAGCCUUGCUUAUUUACCACUCUCCUCAUUAAUUUAGAAUACAAAGAAAACAUUUAAGGGUUCCUUAGCUUUUUUGCCUUCAGAUUUUGGAUUCUUUUUUAUGUGUUCAGAGAGCAUCUCCCUUUGCCCUUUCUAGUUUAUGCCUUCCAGCUCAUUUCUUUUGUGUUGCAACCCUUCAUUGCCCAACCUAAGUCAGGUCUCUCUUCUUUCCCAUCCGAGGCUUCCCUAAUGCCUUCCUCCUGACUUGCUGUUCUUGUCUGUUAUUGACAGGAUAGCAGUCAGUCUUGUUUCCUGAAGCCAAAUGUCCUAAAGCAAUUUUCCUUCACCAGAAAAAUAAAAAGCUGAUUCUUA